AUGCUCACACGUCGCCUUGCCUCAUCCGAGGGAGUUACUCAGGCCAAUCUAUUGGACUAUUUGAACCUGAUAGAGGAACGUGUAAACAAGCUUUUGCUUGUGCGCCAAUUUAUUGCUGUCAAUGAUCCGGAAGCUCCGUAUGUGGCCAAAUCUAUUUUGAUUGGCAACAAUCUUGCCGCUCCUUCCGGGCCAAUACCAACGAUCCAUGUACCAAAUCUGCAAGAUGACUUUGAGGAUUCAUCCGAAAUGUCCAUAUUGAAACCAUUCUCGCGAGAGGAACUUCAUCGUCGUGUUGUAAACUUGGUGCGAAGGAAAGAACAAGAAACACGCUCAACCCAUUCGGGACCGGUACCAUCAUCUCGCAACAAGUAA